AUGUCCUUGACAUCGUCUCCCCCACCUCCCCUAACACCGCCGGACGAUGAUGGCACCGCGCCCUCAGUACCUUCUGCCUCUUUCGUCAGCCUCAAGUACGCUCCAAGUCAAAAGUGCAUCUGCGCCAACCGAGCCGAGUCGGAGCUGGCUACCUCGCUUUGUCCCCAACACGGAUACCACGACUCCAAAAGCAAGAUAGUCAUACAGAAGAAUUCAUAUGGCGUUGGCGACGCACAGAAGAGAGGAAGAGAUACACAAGACCGUCGUGACAAUAGCGCGCAAGGGAGAGUGAGGACAAGAAAGAACACUCCAGAAUUCCACCCUCGACGCUCUCGAACUCCAUUAUACCCUCGACAUCCGCUUGGUAUCAACAAUGCUGGGAUGAGCGCCGUGGGGGCUUUCACCGCAGAACUUGGGCUCAUGAACGACAAUCUGCAUCGAAUGUUAACCCACCCCAGCGCUUCUGACGAACAUAUCCAUUCGGUCCAAUUCUCUGAGCGGUCACCACUGAAGCGAAUCGACUUUCUUGGAUGGCCACUCGAAGCACGGAAGCUCAUUUACCGCUUCUUGCUCGUCCCGGCCAAAAGAUCAGUCAUUUUUCCAGACAAAGACAGCAAUGACACAUUCCGCCACCUGAAUCCAGAUCUUAACGCGAGGAUACUCCAGACCAACAGUCAAGUGUACCGCGAAGCCCGAACUAUUCUGUAUGGCGAGAACACCUUCGUCGGGGCAGAGCCAAGUGAUUUUUUCUUUCCCAACGGCAUUCAAGGCCUUCGAGCAAGCACAGCGGCGAGGAUCAAGCAUCUCUCGUUCGUCCGGAAAGGCACCGGUCCGACGCUAUGUGACAUUGACAGCAAUGUUCUGUCGACGUCCAUCCUUUCGCUCUUUCAACAAUGUCCGGCAUUCCUCUUGCUAAAAACCCUCACAAUCAGAUUCGAAGUCAUCCGGCCUCUGACUGUAAACAUGUUCAAUUUACAAGUGCAGUAUGCCAACAACGGAAUCGGCAGCAACAUCAAGUCAGCGUACAACAAGACUGAAGUGGCCACGAAGGCUGCCGCAAUGGUGGCGUAUAGGGCGUUGAGAAAGAAAUCACCAUUCCAGGGGUUGAAAGAGGUUGCAAAUCGUUUCGAGAGUGUCUGGGAUCCCAGCAAAGAUGGAGCCAUCAAACAUGUGAUCGAGAUGUGUUUGUUUAGAACCGAGGAACCGAGGUCGGAGUACCAGGAGCACAGCCAAAUGCUGCGUGAAGCAAUCUUGGACAUGUUGUUUGAGGAGAAGGAGCGAGACGUGGACGGGGCUGAUAUGAGGUUCCAGAACUUUAUGAAACCGUGCCCUGAGUGA